UCAUCACUUACCAGCUUUCCUAUUUUCCUUCAUUCAUCUGUUCCUUCCUUUACUCUCCCUUCACCUCUGCCCCUAGCGUCGUCUAUCCCACAAUGCAUUGCGUUCACUCGUUGGAUCAUGGACCAAAGCGACAAUGAUCUUCAAGGAAGUGACGGCUCUGGGAGUUUGGGUGGCCCAGAUGUCCGCAGACAAAUCCCCAUCAAACUAAUAUCCAAGCAGCCCAUAAGGAGCAAACCUCCACCCCGCACCCAGAGACCCAGCAGCAGGCCAUCUAAAAGUGGGACUGGAGAAGACGAUAACUUUGGCUUCAAGCAGGAGGAGAGGUUUGAUUGUGGAGCUAAAUCUGGUGAUGUGUUUGCAACUCAGAGGAGAUUCCCCCAGGCACUGUUCUGGGACUACAAGUUGAAUUUGAUCGGUGAAAGGGAUAAAGUACCAAUUCACUUUUGUGAUAAAUGCGGACUUCCUAUCCACCUUUAUGGACGAAUGAUCCCCUGCAAACAUGUUUUUUGUUACGACUGUGCUUUGCUUCAUGAGAAGAAAGGAGAUAAGAUGUGCCCUGGCCUCACCAUGUACAACUGCACGGACCCGGUGCAGCGCAUUGAACAGAGCCUGCGCGGUUCCCUUUAUAUGUGCAGCGUCGUGCCCGGAUGCAAGCGGACCUACCUGUCUCAGCGGGACCUGCAGGCCCACGUUAAUCACCGCCACCUGAGGGCGGCCAAGUCAUCCGCCGGCCGUCAGGAGCCAGCGCACCUGCCCCUCCAAUCCGACGACCGUUUCCGCGUGCCUCCCCCUCACCUUCCCAAGAACCACGUUCACCUGCCCAACCCGCUCCAGCACAGCAGUCACGACCCCUACAGUCAGCCGCCCCUGCCGUCAGCCCACGAAGCCCCGCCCCCCAGUGCCCUGGGCCAGACAUUUCGCAUCUCCACAGUGACGACCCGCAAGCAUAGCAAUCUCAUCACAGUGCCCAUUCAAGAUGACUCUUCCUCUCGGGAGCCGCUCUCUGGAGGUCCGGGGCCCGGCCAGCCACCCCACCACCACCCGGGGGACUAUCCCGGUCAACCCCCUGUGGUGUCCCACGCUCACCACAUGAUGGCCCCACCGCAGCAGCACUUCGGCCCCCCACCACCCCCGCCCCCUCCUAUCAAUCACCCCAUGCAGCAUCCUCCCCAGACUUCUGGUACGCCACACAUGGUGUACAACCAGGCCCCUCCCCCCCCAAUGUCCACAGCUCCCCCUCCAAUCACUCCUCCGCCUGGGCACAUUAUGGCCCAAAUGCCCCCCUAUAUGAACCACCCGCCCCCAGGACCACCACCACAGCACAGUGGCCCCCCAGUCAACGCCCCCCCACCUCAUCACUACAACCCCAACUCAAUGCAGCAGUUCCCCGAAGACCAAGGCACCCUCAGUCCCCCGUUCAGCCAGCCAGGAGGGGUCAGCCCCGGGAUGUGGCCCGCUCCGAGGGGGCCUCCACCACCACGAAUGCAGGGUCCUCCCCAAGGCCAGAUGCCUGGACCCCACCACCCAGAUCAGGGCCGCUACCGGCCUUAUUAUCAGUAAACCUUCAACUGAACGGAUGGGCAACCGCCACACCACUCGUCUAAGUAAUGUGAUCGUAGACCUCAGGGUUCUAGGACAUUUCCCCCCCCAAGAGAAAUGUGUCAGUGCUGCACAUUUUAGUUAAGUGUACUGAACCUCCUGCUGAACUAUUGCAUUGGACUAGACGUGCAGCAAUGUGUUUUAUUUUCUUCUUUUUUCUAAUCGCGUAUGGUAAAUAUUUCUGUAUAUAUGUCAGCUGAAUCCACACAUAUGUACUGUACAUUGAAAGACGCAAACUAUGUCUCAAUAAAUUUUUAACAGCA